AUGAGCAAAACGUUCGACUCGCUGUAUCUUGUUCUAAUGAUUCAGAACCUUAAGGCAUACGGCUUUUCGGACGCGUCCUCAAAUCUCAUGCGAUCUUUCUUUGAGCUUAGAAGAAACCAAGUAAACUUAUAAGACGUGCAAAAUGCGUGGAUGGAACAAACCAGGGAUCCCCACAGGGUUCUUCCUUUACACCUUUAGUAUGAAAUCUUUGGCUCUCUGCCAAAAGCAGCCUCCCUACCCUGCGCCAAAGAAGACUGCAAGAGAUGGCCAAUUUGUAGUGGGUAGCGCAGGAAACAGAGAAACUGGGUACUAGCUCCUUGCAUGGAGCUUCCAAACAUGCAAACAGUAAAAAACAAGUUACUUGAUUCAGAUUAAAUAUCAAUCGCAGUAGAUGGUGAAGUGAAAGCAAGGCAUGCGUGGAUUAAGCCACUUUCUCCUUUCCCAGUGAGUGAGAAAUCUAUUAUUGUACCAAAAUUACCAGCACCUCAGAGAAUUACAGCCUCCUUCUUUUUUUCUUGAUAUCGAGAACUUCACGGCAGUUUACGAACGGACAUUGAGCGUAGCCUCAGUUUCGUUGAGUAAAGGUACUAAGGAAAAGUCUAACUUUUCACUUCCAUCGUCUAUCAAUUGCAAAAUGUGACGAGAUUGAAAGGCCCAUUAUUUCCAGACCGAAAUGGACAAAGCAUAAGUAUCGAAAAGAAAGAAUUUAGGGAAAGGUAUAUAAAACAGCUACAGAAAAUGAAAUGAUUUCUAAUUUGAGGAAAAAGAGCCUUUGCCGGCGACUUCCGAACUACAGAAAACACUGUAGGAUUUAGAAAACAUGGUUUAAAAUAAUGGAUCCAUCAAGAAAUUAGGAAUUAGUAAUGAAAUGGGAGAGAUACGCUGCAGCUAUUGAAUUUAUAACGAUUAGGAAGGCUGAGGUCAAAUUUUACUUUUCCUCUCCAAAAUCCUGGUUACGCCCUAACCCACCCGUCAAAAUUGGAUUUUCGGCUGCGCCUGUCUCAUAAAAUAUUUAUACAUACACAAAAUGAAUCAAUGAAAAUAAUAAUAACAUAAAUAGAGGCCAAAAUAUUAAAUCUUAUUCAAAAUAAGAAAAUAAAAGUAAACAGAAACAGGAGCCUAUUGCUAAUGGGCUCCUGACAGAACGAAUGGGAAAAAGAAAACAAAACAGAAUAACUGCUAAAAUGACAUACACAAAAGGAAAAACGAAGAUGUAAAAUGAUAUUAUCAAGGGAAAAAUAUUUGUGAUUUGUGAUUUUUGCGUGAUUUGGCCCAUGUGUUGUUGCCUAAUUUGUUCCAUGAUUUUGGCCUGAUUUGGCCCAUGUUUUUGGCCUGAUUUUAUGAUUUGCCGCAGUCAAGCGAUUCCGAAUAUCGUCAUAUCGUUAGGGCCAAGUCUUGCGAGUAUUUUAUUUGAAAUCACAUUAAGCUAGAGGUGUGUAGGAUACGCCUAGGGCUCCCGGUGUGAAAUGUGGAGAGUUGUGAUAAAUACUUCUCUGUCAAAGCACCAACAUCCUUAACCGUACAGCAGAGCUUUUGGAACGCAGCUGUGAUAGAGUUUAAGAUUAGUACGAGUACUGUAAGUGGAGGAGCGCCAUACCUUAUUCAUCAUGUUGAGUGAGUUUCUGGCCAUGUUAAAACGGCUCUGGAUGUCCAGUUCAGUUCCUUCAUCUCCACUGAUGAUGCUGCCGAGAUAGGUAAAUCUGUCUAUGUAAGGAAGUUCUUCAUCAUCAAUCUGGAUUGGGCGUGUGUUGAUAUAGUAAUCAGCGCCAUAAUUUCGAUCUACUCAUUACUCCUUGUCUGCCAGUUCCAAAUCAUACUCGGGGAGAAGUUAUUCGGCCCCCAAGCCUGAUUGAGAAUAACUCUUAUAGCGUGAAAUACUUUAGUAGUCUUUUUGGCUCCUAUGAAUCCCUCAAGAAAGUUUUCAGAACUGACAGCACUCUACCCGGCUUUGGUUACAUGUUUCUUGGAGUGACUUUAUAAAAGACUACAGUCCUUCUAAAAUAACAAAAUUUGCAUUACCAUUAAAACAGUCUUUCAGUUCACCGGCCUCUUCCCACUCAGUUCCCCUUUCCACUGUAGCCUUUUUCGUCCCUGUAAAGGGAUCUACGACUAAUAUUUCUCUAACAUCUCGUCGUGUACAAUAUUCUACACCACUGGCUUCCUGAAGAUUAUAAUCAAAAUAAAUUCUUGAAUAAAACGGAAUAUGUGAAUCCGGACUGAAAUAUUUAAUUAAUUCACUGAUUUACUUUUCUUCACAGUCGUUAACGUUUGCGCGGGAGCAUCCAUAGUGGUGACUGAAACAAUAAACAAAUACACAAUGAAUACAUUUAUAAAUAUUUUUUUUCUAUUUGAAGUCAUUUAAAUUAAAAACAUGAAAAAUAUGAUGAUUAUAAACAUCACCAUCAGUAUAUCUGAAAAUGGAAUCAACUACAACGUUUUUCAAGUCAAAACAAGAUACAAAAUAUUCACGUUCUCGCCACGACGGCGAAACUCACUAAAUGGCAUUCUAGACGAGACUACGACGGCAACCACGCUAGACAGGAGCUCUCGUGCGCAUGCUUGCUAAUGCGAAUUUACUUCCGGUAACCGUCCUGGUUCCUCCCGUCCUACUAUCUUAAGGUCCCUAUUCUUGGGGCGGCCCCUCUUGCUUUUCCCUUCACGUGUCUAGCGUAGAGCAGUUUUUGCGAUUGAGGCCUUUUCGCGGGGGACGUGUCCAAUCCGAGGACGAGGUGUUAUGCAGAGAAAUAUUGGUUGUAGAUAAGAACAGAUAAAAGUAGAAAGUUUUAAGACUUGUAGAAAAAAGGAAAGAAAAGGAAAAUAAAAGGAACUGAAAAGUACCAAAAUCCUUAUAUAUGUGAAAACAAAAAAUAACACAACGCACCGAUAAGAUAAUUUCUGAGAAAAAAAAAGAUUAGAGUUAAAAUAAGAUAAAAAUUGUGAUAAAGGAAAAAAAACAGCAAAAGAAAAAUGCAGAUUUCGCGGGGAGGAGUUACUCGGCCCCCAAGCCAGUUCGAGAGUUAUUCCUUGUCCGCCAGCUCCAAAUCAUACUCGGGGAGAAGUUAUUCGGCCCCCAAGCCAGAUUGAGAAUAACUCCUAUAGCGUGAUUCGAACCCGCGACCUCGAUGACCUCUCUUGCACUCGUAUAAAAUGUCGGUGUAGAGAGUUUUGAAAUACCGGGUUGGGGGGGAGGGUGAGGGUGAGGAACUUUGUCUGGCCGAGAGCGCAAUCGAGCGUUUCCAGUCAAGAAUAAAGGAAAUGGAUCAAACAAAGAAAUGAUAAAAGCGAUCUAAACGAGGAAUACAACAUUAGCAUAUUUCGUACCGGCGGACUGCCUCGUUUACCGGGACUCGUGAAACACGACGAUUCGGACACUGUUCAAAGACGUUAUUAACUGCGUGCAUUGGGAUUAUGUGUUACACGCCAGGUAUCACGAAUUCUUUCGAAUACCUCUCUGGAAGCAUUUAUUUCAUUUAAAUUUCUUUGACUUUGACUUAUUACACAAUUGCAAUUGUAGCGGCAUUGCAAUUAUCGAAAUUUUGUUCUCAACUCAGUUGACAAGGUGUGCGAGUCAUUGCUCAGCAAGUAAGUUAUGGCAACCAUGGAUUCACACUUGAAUCUCAAAAUGGCCGCGUAAAGAAAACAACAUUGUUGCGAGACAACUUUAAUAAGGCUUGAAACGAAUAUAAGAGAUAAGGCUUGUUGAGGAUUAGAAACCAACUGCUGAUAGAAAGGAAAGUUUGACUGAAUUAUCCACUCAUAUGAGCAAAACGUUCGACUCGCUGUAUCCUGUUCUAAUGAUUCAGAACCUUAAGGAAUACAGCUCUUCGGACGCGUAAGAGUAAAAAUAAAAGGGGGCCUUUCUUUGAGCUUAGAAGAAACCAAGUAAACUUACAUGAUCUGCAAAGCGCGUGAAAAUAAUAAACCAGGGGAAUCCUCACAGGGAAAAGAACAAAGCAGGGGUUGCUCACAGGGUAAGGAACAAACCAGGGGAUGCCCACAGGGUUCUUCCUUUGCACCUUUAGUAGUAUGUAGUAUGGAAUCUCUUCCAAAACCAUCUCCCAUUAUAUGCUGAAUUAGAGAACUUUUUUUAUGUACGGAGACGACCAUCAAGUAUACAUGACCGGGAACUCGAUUAAAAAGAUGUUCAAGAGAUAAUGAAUGAAACAGAGAAGGUCACGCAGUGGUGUGAAGCAACUCUGUGUUUAACCCUUUAACUCCUAUAAGUGACCAAGACAGAAUUUCUUCUUACAAAAUCAAUACAAUAUCGAGCAAACAAGUGAUGAGAAUAAACAAAAAUAUCAAUUAGGCGAUUAUUACUUGA